AUGCCCUACGACCUCAAGUUCUCAUUCUCCGGUCACGUAGGGUCGAUUAAUUGCCUCUCAUUCUCCCCCGACGGCCAAUAUCUCGCUACGGGCUCCGAUGAUCGAACCGUUUUUGUACACGACUGCUCCUCCGGUAUAGAGGUCCACAAGCUUGUAGGCGACGCCCCUGUGACAAGUUUGUCCUGGCAUCCAAAGCAUGGUAUGUGGCUGUUCAUUGGCUAUGGCCAUGGCAGCCUAGUUUUUGCGGACCUUGCCGCGCACCAGCCGGUUGGAUACAAGUUUCCGGUGCAGGACGACAGCCCUAUCGAGGCGUUGAGCUUCGAUGUCGACAGCGAAAUGCUCGCGGUCUGUCAUGCAAAUCGCGUGCUGCUCUGGCGGGAAAUGAACCGAGACUAUUGGACGUACGUGUGCAGCCUGCCGUCACCAGCGGGCAUUGUCGACGUCUCGGCUCCUGAAAGCCCUGUGGCACCACGCUCGUGCCACUGGUCAAAAUCAGGGCGCACAGCGUCAUUGGUGGUUUCCUAUGCACACCAUGGCAUAAUCUGUUGGGAUGCAACGGCCUCGGCGGUCAUCUGGCGCAUAUCGCCGCGGAACGGCCCUACCGGUCGUUCGUCCCUCGCCCCCGACGGCGGACGUUUGGCGAUACAUAACAUUGCCGAUGGGUUCGAUCUCUACGAGGUUCAUCCUCGCAAGCGCAUUCGUACGUUCAAGUACACGCCAACUCACCAUGUCACUCUACCGGUUCUUUUCAUCCAUGGCGGUACGGCCCUUCUGAUGGGCAGCGACGCUGGGCGCGUGAGCAUUUGCGACGUCGGGACCACUCUCCCGGUGCAGGUACUGCGGCAUGAAUCAGAUGUCAUACAAGCCAUGGCGUCCUUCGAGGGGGAAACGAGGCUCAUUGCCACCGGAUCAUCGGAGAUGGGCGAUCAUACGUAUGUAAAAUUGUGGACCGCACCAGGCCGGCCUCGCCAGUCAUCGAUUGUAACGGAGCCCUCCAAGCGCAUCCCGAGCCAACGGAUUGAUGAAGGCGCUAGCCCGGCCGCCCAGGAUCACAUUGCGGCGGCACCGCGGUAUAUAUCCCGGGCGGUGAACACGUCUGCUAGCCUCAAGGGUGCCCUGGAGGACCGGCGUGCACCCUCCCCCCUCCCUUUCCGUUUCGAGGAGCCGUCAGGUAAUGCUAGGUUGCGGGUUGGUCGUACCGAGAAGCGUCCGAAUCGCGACAAAGGCGGCGUUGCAAAGGGGCUCCAGGCUCGGAAUAAUGAACCCGAUGGUGCGGGCACCAUGCACGACAAGUCGGUCGUGUGUGGCACGUAUUUCCUCCUCGUCCCCCUAUACCUCGUCAUCAUUUGCCUGGCCUGCCUCUGCCUCCAUCUUUAUUACUAUGAGCCAAGCGGCUGGCAAGUUCCGACAAUCGCCUGA